AUGCUGCCACUUCUGCAGGCUGCAGAAGCGCCAGUUGAAGCCGAAACUGGGACAGGGAGCGAGGAAAUCGAGGAGCGCAGCUUCGAAGCGGAGGAGACGCAGGAGGAGAACGCGGAGGAGUCGGAGGUGCAUCUUGAAAGUGAAGGCCCCAAAGCAAGCAGCACGGUGCGAGGGCGCAGGUCCAGGCGGAAAAGCUGA